UUUGGUCGUUUAUGUGCAUCAUGACUGUUGACGCUGAGAAGAAUAUGCUGAUGUUUCAAAGAAUAUAUAUUUCAAUCACACUUGCUGGGAGUUUUUGGGCAUGUCAGACGAAUCACUCGACUAGGCUGGAGGAUGGACUAUGGUUCACGAUACCAUUUGAUGAAAGCUUGUGUAAUGGUGUUAGGCUAACGUUCGCCACAAAUUUUUAUUACAGACCGUUUUAUUAUAUUUUUCCUUUACAUUUUUUCUUAUCCCGAAGACCUUCGUCUUUAUAAAAGUGAACUAUGGUGCACCUGAAUUCAUGGUUAGCAUGCUGAGUAUCAUUCUUUAAACGCUAGAAUCUUGUUAUCUGGCUGCUUAAGUCAGCUGCAAGGCUAGUGAAUUUAAUGACAGUGUGAUACUUAGUAUCUACCUAAAAACAUCACUUUAGAAAAGAAUACCUUUAACUGUCACAUCCGAUACACAUUUGCAAAGCACGAAACCGGUAGCUACCGACUACAUGACUGACUAUGAGCGAGACCAAUCAAGGGCGGUGGGUGGAGUGUAGCUAGCUACGUUGCGAGCUAGCUACAUUACCAACGAUGGGACUCACAGCAUCGACGCUAAGUAGCUAACGUUAGCUAGCUAGUAUUCUUCGCAAUAAAAUUUAUGAAACGCAAUUUUUUAAUUUAUUUAAAUGAUGCCAAAUGUCCCACAUCAUGUCGCACAGGUCAAACAAUCUAUCGCCCUUGAACGGUAAUGCAAGGACCGAAAAUACUGCAGCACUGCUCCCGGGCUGUACUGAAAUGAAGGGCUUUCCCCCCAAAGACUCGUCUGAUUCAGAAGAGGGGGAGGCUGUUGACAGACUGAAGAAGGAGAGUACCAUGGACAGCCUGCUGGCCUUCCUACAACAGGAAGUGGAAAGCCCUGCAGAGACUGAGGUGCUGCUCCAGCACAGGCUGCAGACUUUGAAGGAGGCCCACAGGCAGCAGCUGCAGAAGACAGAGCAUUUGCACCAGCAGAGUCUGGAGAAGAGGAUGCUGCACAACUCACUGCUCGCUGAAGGAAACGAGAGGAAUGACAGAGCUGAGGGGCACCUAGACGAACUCUUCAGCUGUAAUAACAAGAAAAACACUGGCAUAAAAACUUGUUUGGAGACUCCAAGGUGUAACAGCCCAAGGAAGUCCCACUCCCUGUCUGAUCUCAGUUCAGUGAAAACAGUUCCUUCUAGGGCCUCUCCACAGCCUAGAGUAUCCCAGAGGCCUGCAACUACCUCUGCAGCCUUGGCCACAGGUGCAACAGUAUCCAAACCCUUUAGCAUGACCCUGAGAGAAACUCAGAGGAAAUUCCAACAGCUCCAAAACAAAAUGCCUCAGGAUGUUGAGAUGUACCUGGAAAGCAAAAGGAAGGCAGAGGAGGAAGAGUGUCAAAAGAAGUUCCGUGCUGCACCAGUGCCUGAACAUGUUCACCUUUCGCUCUACCAUGACAUCACAGAGGCACAAGAAAAGGCAAGGAAGACCGGUGUCGAGCAAAGGAAGGAUUUCUUGCUUUCCAUGCAGAAACCCUUUAGUUUCUUGGAGCGAGAGGAGAAAAAGAAAAAGGAGUUGACUGAACAGCUGCACAGCUCAGCCCCUUCACCCAACAUCUCUAAGUCCAUUGAAGUACGGAGGCCAAUCCCCAAAGCAGUCAAGGACCCAGGAGUCAGUGAGCAUCUAAAAGAAAAGGAACUGAACAGGAAGAUCCGUAUUAAGAUGAGGGCACAGGAGAUGUUGAGAAACUCCAUGGCACCCAUUGAGACAAAGUCACACAGGGAAGACCUAGAAAAGAGUAGUGCUGACUGCACAAAGAAGCGAGCCCAAGGUUUCCUGGAAGAAAAGCCCACCUUCAAGCCCACAACGAAUCCCAAGGUGCCGGAUUUUGAUAGGCUGUACAGGGCGUUCCAGAAGGAGGCUUUGAGGAGGGCAGAGAUGAAGGAUGUCACUAGGUGUCAGCCCUUCAAACUACGUACCUCAGAUUUACCUCCCAGACAGAGCCAGAAGAAAUCUGAACCAUCACAGGAACAGGAAGGCAAGGCCUAUCUGAAGAGAAGCCAUUCCUUCAGUGGCAUCACGUCUCUUUCGGCAGACACACUUCCCACCUACAUCACAGAUGAUGCAAGGAAACGUUGCUCUGCUAUCAGAAGGUCCAUGGAGGAAAAGGUGAGCAAAGAAAAUGAGAGUGCACAGUGGAUGCAAGUACACAAGAUAAAAUCUCAGUCCAUGAAAAAUACUGUGACCUCACGGGCAAAGGCUAUGGACCCACACAGGAGUCUGAAGGAGGUGUACCAAGAGAAGCUGAAACAACACCGGGAGACAGAUCAAAAGAGGAUGAAAGAGUAUAAAAGAGAGUUGCAGGAGAUGAAGACGCGAGUCAAAGUCCGUCCAUACCUAUUUGAACAGGUGACACAGAAAAAUGCGAAGUCAGGCGCGGAACGGCGGUAUAGGGUCCGACUGGAGCAGGCGGGGUUGAACGAGCAUUUUGUGAAGGAGAAAGGGGAAAGUGCUGGAGUGACGCCUCCCUUCACAUCUGACAAUGAGGACCCCGGCAGUGAGAAGGAUGCCCAGCUUACGAAUAUAGGUAUGGAUGAUUCAGCAGAAAGUUGUGUGGAGGAAAAGGAAGUGUGAACCAACAAG